AAAAAAAAAAGGAAAGAGAAAUUGCGCUGACGUCCAUUCUGUUCUCGAGUAUUAUGGUCUGUCGGGAAUUCACAGCGGCUGGGACUGGAGAAAAAAUAUCUGCUCUGCUAACGUUAGCGUCCGCCGAGCUAACGGGAGGUAGCACGGGGGUAAACAUGGAGCUGUCCGCCGUCGGGGAGCGGGUGUUCGCUGCCGAGUCCAUAAUCAAACGGAGGAUAAGGAAGGGUCGCAUUGAAUACCUCGUGAAAUGGAAGGGCUGGUCUCCCAAGUACAGCACCUGGGAGCCGGAGGAGAACAUUCUGGACUCCAGGCUGUUCGUCGCCUUCGAGCAGAGGGAGCGGGAGAGGGAGCUGUACGGCCCCAAGAAGAGGGGACCCAAACCCAAGACCUUCCUGCUCAAGGCUCAGGCAAAAGAUAGAGCCAAGUCGUAUGAGUUCAGGAGUGAGGCGGUCCGAGGGAUGCACAUCACCUACCCAGCCCCAGAGCCGGUGGUCACCCCCCGAGCGAGAGAGGGCCUGAGGGCUGUCGUUCCCACCAUCUUCCCACCCAGUGCUGUCAACCGCGGAGAAAGCAUACGCGUCCGGCCGCCGGAAUUCGGCGGCCGCGAGUACCAGCAGCCUUCCCUUAAGCAAACCGUUGCAGACGAACUCAUCCACGUGCCCAAAAAAAGAGGCCCGAAGCCCAAGCCCCGCUUCAAGGAGAGCGGCUGCAGCCCCGCGACCUCUGAGCCCCACAAGAGGAGGGCAGGAGAGCUGUUGGGCCAAGGCCCUCACAAACUGACCAAGUACCACGGGAUGGAAGAGCUGCGGCUGUUUAAAGUGGCCCACAGACAUCCGGAGAGCCACGGUCAUGGCCAUAAACACCACCACCACCACCACCAGCACCACCAGCACCACCACCAGCACAACAGGGAGCUUUCCGGUGGAAGCUCCUACAAGCAGCUCUACUCUGACCGCAGCCCGCAUCCACACAGGGUAGACACGGACACACACAGGACUAAGGAAGGAUCCACCUACCUGGUACCCGCACACUUCAAGCACCAGUCCAAAGUGAGCCAGAGCCUGAGUCGCCCCGCGGAGCAGCCGCUGAUGGAGAAGCCCUACUUCCUGGACAGGCCGUCCCCGACCCGUCUGGACGACGACCUGGACGAGGUGUCGUGGAGGCCGUCCGUCGGCGGCGUGGAAAAAGUCCUGGUGACGGACGUGACCACCAACUUCCUGACCGUCACCAUCAAGGAGAGCAGCACUUCUAAAGGCUUCUUCAAAGACAAAAGAUGAUCAUUUCUUUGUUGAUUUGUUUUUUACACCAUGCUUUUUUCUCUCUGACUUGCUUCAGCCUCAUUCUGAUGUAUAUAGGACAUAUAGAGUGAUUAUUGAGCAAGGCAGUUUUUGUAUGUAAUGUAUAAAGGCAAAUUACAUAAUGUGCAUAUGUGUAUAUAUUAUAAAGUCUGACAUCUAUUUAAUGUAUUGUCCAAAUCAAAUGAAGUCCAUUUUGCUUCAUGCAUUGGUUGACGUGAAAGAGUUGCAUGUUUCCUUUGCAGCAGCCGACUACUUUCUGUACAGAGCUUGUGAAUUCACUAUUUUGCAAAUAUAAGUAACUAGAAUGUAUUUUUUUUUUCAUUCUCAUUUCAAGUGAGGCAUUGAGGCCUGGAGAUAAAAUCCAGCCCGUGGAUUGAAUAUUUCUCUUUAAUUUGAACUGAUUAGACUGAAAAUACCCUGUUCGAUUUCAUAAGGUUUAUGUUUAAAAAAGAAAAAAUGUUCUCAAGCACUUUGAAUUCAAAAGUAUUUAAAAAAAAAAAUCUGUUAUUGUUUGUGUUUAAAGACCGAGGGUGUCUCGGCUUUUGUGAUGCCUCUAACAUUUCUAGUUGUGAACAAAAUGUAUUCACUCAACACCGACACUUUACGAGUUUCCCCAAGGCGCAUACAACUGCAUUAUAUUAUAUUUUACAUAUUCAUAGAAAACGUUCAUGAAACAUUGAUGUAACAAGAAAGGAAAAAAAAAAGGUUUGUGUUUAAUGGCUUAUUAGAAAGCUUUUCAAUAAAAAAAACACGUUGAAUUUCCUCA